ACAUUACUGAUAAGAAAUUAAACAUUCUGUAAUGUUUAGUAUAGGUAUUCGUGAAAAAUAGAUAGUGUACAGUAACUACUUGAUUUGUUUUAAACUUAUUCAUAAUAUUUUUCUACAAAGAUGCCUCUUGGUGAAGAUGACAAGGAACAAAGCCAGAAGGAUUCCCUGAAGGCCUUUAUUGAUUCCAAAAUCAAGAGUGACGAUGUUGUUAUAUUUUCAAGAACGGUGUGUCCUUAUUGUGACAUGGUUAAAAACAUAUUUAAGGAGUUAGACCAGAAGUGUACAGUUAUUGAACUAGAUGACCGACCAGACUACAAGGCCUUAAUGGAUGUGUUCAUGGAGAUGACGGGGGAAAGGACUGUACCUCGGGUAUUUAUCAAAGGAAAGUGUAUAGGAGGAGCUAACAAGACCAACAUGAUGUAUCAUAAUGGACUAUUACACCAAAAACUUAAAAUUAAAGAGACAAAAACUGACAACUGAGUCAAUGUCUUUUGAUCAUCAUCUACUGUUUUGUAAUAGUAAAAUCACUUUUGAUUUGUCAUUUACACAAUGUUUCUUUUACUCUAGGUAAUAAAGAUUCUCUGAGAGAUUUUGUCAAUACUCAUGUCAACAGCGAGGAUGUUGUCAUUUUUUCCAUAAAAACUUGCAGAUUUUGUGCAAUGGUAAAAAAUAUAUUUGUAAAGAUGAACUACAAGUACAAAGCCGUUGAACUGGACGACAGGCCGGAUUUUAAGGAGCUAAUGGAUGUCUUCAAUGAAAUGACAGGGGAAAACUCUUUACCUCGAGUGUUUGUGAAAGGAGAAUGUGUUGGAGGAGCUUAUAAAACAAACAGUAUCUUUGUUAAUGGAGAUUUACACAGAAAACUUGGUAUGGAAGAACCUCUAAACAGGCAUAUGGAAGGUUUCAUUGAUUUCUAGCUUUCUUACCUCAAUAU